AUGCCCAAAGUCAGACGAUCAUCUUCCUUGUCUCUUGGUCGAUCUAGGGCAUCUCCUUAUCCUUGCACCUCUGAGGAUGCUGAGCAUUACAAGUUGAAUAGUCCGUUGGAAAGCACAGAGAAUGCUAAAGAAUGGGAAGAUACUAGGUGCCCCAUCUGCAUGGAACACCCACAUAAUGCUGUUCUUAUAAAAUGUUCCUCUCAUGAGAAGGGCUGCAGGCCGUUCAUGUGCAAUACAAGCUACCGGCACUCAAAUUGUCUUGACCAGUUUUGUAAGUCUUCUGUUCCCGACACCACACCAAUGACAUUGCAAGAACUUCCUCUGGCGCACACAGCCGCUCACAGUUCUAGGGAAGAAGAAUCGCUGUCUGGGCAAACCAGCCCUUGUGGGAGUCAGUUGCAACUACAUCCAGCUUGCCCUUUUUGUCGGGGAAAGAUCUAUGGGUACAUUGUUGUACGGGCUGCUCGUCACUUCAUGAACUGCAAAGCGAGGAGCUGCUCUUCUGAGACAUGUGACUUUACUGGUACUUAUUCAGAGCUGAGGAAGCAUGCGAGGUCUGAACACCCUUAUGUCCGGCCGGCAGAGGUGGAUCCAAAUCGACAUCGUGAUUGGAUGAGAUUGGAGCGUCAAAGGGACUGGGAAGACGUACUUAGCAUAGUCCGAGUAGGAUCUGAAGAUGAUAUUAUUCCGGAUUCAUCAACUGAUAGUGGCUGGAUGACUUCCCUUUUGAAUGCUAUGUUUCACUCGUUUGAGAUCAUGAUUGUUUCCCAUUUGAUGGAGAGUUCAAGUGACAUAGAACAAACACAUAGUAGAAGAUCAGGGAGAACGACUAGGGUUCACCAAGACAAUAACACAGUCUCUCCCACGAGAAGGAACAACACUGUAUCAGAGAGCAGAUCCCAUCGCAGUGGUCUACUUUAUCGAGCAACAAGUAAUAAUGUUGAGACAAGUCGUGCCCCCAGACGGAGCAACAAUGUCUUGUCAGGGGAGAUUGGCCAUGCCCCCCCUAGACGGAGCAACAAUUUCAUGUCAGGGGAGAUUGGCCAUGCCCCCCCUAGACGGAGCAACAAUUUAGUGUUAGGGGAGGCUGGCCAUGCCCCCUCUAGAAGGAGCAACAAUUCAUUGUCAGGGGAGACUGCCCAUGCCCCCCCUAGACGCAGCAACAACUCAUUGGUGGAGGCUAGUGCCCCUAGAAGGGGUAACUCUUUCUCUGUGGUGGGUACUAACCAUGUUCUUAGAAGGGGUAACAACACUGUAUUGGGCAACAACUCCGUGCCAGAGGAGAGUAGGCGUAGACGGGGAAGCUAUUCUGUAUCCGAGGAGAGUAAUCAUGUCCACGGAUGGGGCAACAACUCCUUAUCAGAAGAAGGUUGGCAACCUCCUAGAUGGGGCAAUACUUCUGUACAAGAAAGCACACCCCGUCCUGGGAGACUGAGAUUUAGACAUCAAACAUGGCCAACAAACAAUAACAGAAGGUGACUGCAGCUCAUUGUUUCUGAGGUCAAUUUGCUCGCACAGAAGAUAUGUCAUGUUUCAAUCUUCAAACAAGUCUGCAGUCUGCAGUCUGCGCUUUUCAAAUAAUGCCUGCCCAGGCUACUGAUCAUUUCCAUUGACCAGAAAGUUGAAGAUGAAUUGAAUGACAAAAAACCAAAUCGUGGACAAUAUUUAACGGCUUUAGGCUCUGGGGACUCUGUCCUGUCUUUCUUGGUGAAUAAUAGAAUGUUUAGCAUAGAUAUCUCAUUUUUCUUUGGCAAGCGAUUGUUAAUAUCUAGUUCAGUACUCAUGAACUCAGAGCCUUUGAUUUUUAGUUUUUGUUUCUUUUAAGGU